AUGAUAAAGACAGAUAGUCCAGAGAUCCGCACGUUGAAUGGGAACGCCAUCUGGAAUGCCGAGGUCCUGCCAAAUGGAGUGAGGCUCUCCCUGACAAGUGCAGAUGGUCAUGAGGGCUAUCCUGGAGAGCUGCAAGUCUCGGUGACCUACAUGUUGGAAGGGGACGUGCUGUCGGUGCAUUACGAGGCCCGCACCAACAAGACGACUCCAGUCAACCUGACAAAUCAUUCCUACUUCAAUCUGGCCGGCCAGGGGACUCCUGAUAUCUAUGACCAUGAAAUUUCCAUCAAUGCUGAUGCCUACCUGCCUGUGGACAGCACUAUGAUUCCUACAGGAGACGUCCAACCAGUGAAGGGCACACCGUUCGACCUGAGGAGCUCCGUGCGGAUUGGAGAUCGCCUGAGUCAACUGCCAGAUCGCGGCUUUGACCACAACUUCUGCUUGUCUUCACCAGAAGAGCGCCGUGAAACCCCCAAGUAUUUCUCCCGCGUUUACCACCCUGGCAGCGGGCGAGUCUUGAACGUGGCCACGACGCAGCCUGGAGUCCAGUUCUACACGGCCAACUUUCUGGAUGCGUCUAUAAAAGGAAAAGGAGGAGCUGCGUACCCCAAACACUCGGCCUUCUGCUUGGAGACGCAAAACUGGCCGGAUGCCAUUAAUAAGCCCCACUUCCCGGAUGUUCUGCUGCGGCCAGGAGACGACUACGGCCACACGACGCGGUUCCAGUUUUCUACUGCUUGACGUGAGCCGGUGAGUCCAUUCCAGUUUGGGCCGCCCAUUCUGCAGGAACACAAAUCUCCAACCUGGGAAGAAAAGAAAACACACCUCACGUGCCUCCGCGGGGACCGGCGCGCUGUGACUUCUCAUGGACACUUCUGGCAAACGUGAAUAAAAAUUCUGAAGUUC